CUGCACCCCACCUGCACGCUUUACUUGCCCACCUGCUCCAGCCCAACCUGGCUCCUCUUCCGAUUCGCACCCUUCCGAUCGAUCCAAUCACAGCCAUGGCGAUCAUCCAAGUCAAUGAGUCGUCUGACAAACGUGCUGCUGUGCCCUUCCAGCCAUCCACCCGCCAACAGCAACAACCCAACACUCCCGCCGCACAGAGACUGCAGACCCAGACCUCGGGCCAGAAGCCCUCGGUGGUCCUGGUCGAUGCUCCUUCGCGAUGGUCGAUGCGCAAGCUCUCGGACAUGUGGUCGUCGCUCAAUCUGGGUCCAUCCAAGGACUCUCGCACAGAGAACGGCAUCUCGCGCAUCUACAGCAACGCUGCCUUCAGCAUCUCUGACAGCAGCCUCAAGUCGUGGACUCCUCGGUGCCUGAAUGCCAACGACUUUAGCCUCUACGAGCUGCUUGGCACCGGCACCUUCUCAAACGUCUACCGCGGCGUCAACAACUCUACCCAGGAGGAAGUUGCCGUCAAGGUCAUCAAGCCCGAGAAGGUCUGUCUCAAACUCAAGAAGGAAAUGUACAUCCUCGAGUACCUCGGCGGCGGUCCCAACAUUGUCGGCUUCCACGGCUCGUACUCGACCACGGCCAGCUCCGCUAUCCCCGACACCAUGGUCAUGGAGCUUGCCAACAGCUGCCGAUGGUGCGAGCUCGACGAGUCGAUGGAUCUGAUGCGCAUGCAGCGCUACCUGUUUGAUCUGCUGCGUGCCCUCGACUACAGCCACUCACGUGGCGUGAUGCACCGCGACAUCAAGCCCCAGAACAUCCUGUACGAUAUCGCCUCAGGCAAGCUGAUGCUGGCGGACUGGGGACAGGCCGAGUUCUACGAGCCCAACAAGAAGUACUCGACCCGCGGCGUCUCGUCGCUGUACUUCAAGGCCCCCGAGCUGUUCCUGGACUACGAGACCUACGACUCGUCGAUCGACAUGUGGGCCGUCGGCUGCAUCCUCGCCUCGUUCAUGUUCCGAGUGCCCUUUGUCUUCAAGGGCGCCGCCAAGGACUACCCCUCGCAGUUCCAGGCGAUCGUCAAGAUCAUGGGCGGCAGCGACCUCCAGGAGUACUGCAAGCGUUACUCGAUUCCUCUCUACAAGGCCCAGUCGCUUCUGCCUGGCUCGCUGUCCGCGUACACCAAGAUGGACUGGGAGUCGCUCGUGAACGACUCGAACUGCUCGCGCGUCACCGACGAGGGCCUGGACUUGCUGGAGUCGCUGCUGCGCUACGACCACCAGGAGCGUCUCACGGCCAAGGAGGCCAUGGCUCACCCGUUCUUCAAGGAGAUGUUGAGAGCGAUGUAAGCUCUUGUCAUUCCAGACGGAGCCAACGCCCGGCGCCCCGCGGCCUGGACGGCCAUUUUUGCUUUCUUCCCUCUCUCUUUCGGUCACGGUCGCAAAGACCUUCUGAUCGCACCCUCCUGGACCCGCACUUUACCACUCGACCCAUCUCCCAGUUUUGGACACUGGCCCGAUCCGGACAGGAUCACGAGCAUGUCUCGGCCAGCUCACUGUUGUUUACUCGCACGGACUAUAGACUGCAUUUCUGUUUCAGCUCUCAUCUUUGAUCUCCAUUCCUCAUCGUUCAUCCAUCCAUCCAUCCAUCCAUCCAUCCAUGCCAU